AUGAGUAGCAAGAAGAAGGUGCAGAAGAAAAAAGGCAAAACUAAAGAUGUGUCUGAUGAUUUUGACGAUCUCGUAGAGAAUGCCAACGAUGAUGGAUGCGGCCUGUCCCGAAAGUAUGCUACUGAUAUCAUAAGAUUGAUCAAGUGUCAUUCGAAGCCGUUGAAUAAAGUAGCAGCGGAAUUUAUCGAGAUCUUCAAAGAGCGAUGUUCGUUAGUUGUUGGUAUGGCUUUGUUGGCUAUUUACGAUGAUUUGGCGCCCACAGAUGAUAUUGCUAGCAAGAUCGUCACCGUUUAUUUAAUCUACCGAGUUCGCGAUAUUGAAGUAGCCCUUCGUCGCAGAAGCCCUGGUGGUAUUGACGAUAUAUUGGGUCAUCCAUUCAUGUCGUUCUUCCUCAAUCUGGUUGAAUCGAAGGUCGUUGAGGAUAUCUGUGUUACCUAUCCACUUCCGAUUGGUAUCGAACGCUCGAUUGUAUUAAGGAUCCUGAAUGGGAAAACAUCUGAAUUCGCAAACAUGAGCGCCAUUGAUCUGCUUGCUGGUGGAGCUUUAAAUGAUGCCAAUCUCGGAUUUUUUGAAGCAGAGCAGUUCUAUGUGAAACAAACAGCACGUUGGCCUGAACACCUUGACAUGGUUACGAUUCCUUCGAUACUACCGUAUCCCGAUCCUGAUGACAACAGCUUACAUGACUUGACCCAAGAUGCUCUUCUUGUGUCGCUAAUGGAACGGAUAUCAUGCGAACCUUUGAAGCAACUUCCUUUUAAAACUACUCCACUAAUGCCUCCACUUUAUCCCAUUCAGCCAAUCGAG